CCUGGUCGGCAGCCUUCCCUGAUGAGCUGACUGACGCACACCAUGGGAAAUAAACCCACCGUGUCUCUCUCUGUCUUUUGUGAGGGUGAACAGAAUGUCCUGGAAAGCUGUUUGUGUUUGGUUCAAGCUGCGUCUUUGUUGCAUCUUCAUGGGACCCAGAUGCAGAGUCCACCAGGAGGUUCAUGUCCUCAGGAGUGCCUUAAUGGAGCAACCUGCACAGAGGCGGGUGAUUGUGACUGUCAGUUAUUUCAGGCUCAAGGAAACAGGUGCCAAAUUGUACCCAACACUGGUAAGGACCGAGAUGGGAUUUGCAAGUCGUGGGGACAGUACCAUUUUGAAACAUUUGAUGGCAUCUACUACUACUUCCCAGGAAAUUGCUCCUAUAUUUUUGCAAAAGAUUGCAGUACUCCAGAACCCCAGUACACUGUUUGGGUUCAUAACAGUCCCCACUGUUAUGGUUCUGUAUAUACUUGUCAGAGGUCCAUCAGCUUGUUUUUUUCAAACCAGGAAGAAAUAAUUAUUUCAGGCCAUGAAGUAAGAAAAAAUGGAAUCAGGUUAAUGUUGCCUCAGACAGUUGGAAAUGCUUUUCUUGAGAGACUGGCUGACUAUAUUCUGGUGAAGACUACCUUUGGUUUUUCUCUUGCUUGGGAUGGAAACUCUGGUAUUUAUAUUAAGCUGACAGAAGAUCAUAAGAGAAAACCUUGUGGCCUUUGUGGAAAUUUUAAUGGCAAUAAAUAUGAUGACCUGAUACUGCAAAAUAUAGGUGAUUAUACAGAAGACAUUGCUGAAUUUGCAAAUAGUUGGGCUGUGCAAUCCUCAGCUGAUGUAGCUUGUGUACCUACUGCCUCAGAUUUUUUCAGUCCUUGCUCAGCUAAUGGAGAAUCCACUGAGGACAUAUUCCUCAAAUGCCAAAUAUUCCUACAGUUUCCUUUUCUCAGCUGUCAUGAAAGUAUAGAUCCGUAUUCUUAUAUUGCAAGCUGUAUGAAUGAUCUUUGCAGAGUGGAUGAUGAUGAAACAUACUGCAGGGCAGUGACAGAGUACGCUAGAGCAUGCUCUCACGCUGGGUCCCCGGUGCGGGACUGGAGGGAUGACUUUCCUGCUUGUACUGAGAAGUGUGAAGACAGCUUUGUUCACCGUGACUGUAUCAGUUGUUGUCCACCAACCUGCACAUUUGAAAAAGAUUGUCUUGGCAGCAACUUGCACUGUUUAGAUGGCUGUUACUGUCCAGAUGGUCUCAUUAUGGAAAAUGGAACAUGUAUCUCUUUGUCGAAUUGUCCUUGUACUUAUCAUGGAACUGCUUUCCCUGUAGGCUCAAAAAUUGAACAAGAAUGUAGCAACUGUAUUUGUGUUGGUGGCGUUUGGAACUGCACUGAUCAUGAUUGCCCAGCUGAGUGCUCCAUCACAGGUAGCUCUCAUUUCACAACAUUUGAUGGUCGUCAUUUUACCUUUCUUGGGAUUUGCCAGUACAUUUUGGUAAAAGGCAGUGGGAAAAGCAAAUUCACAAUCACUUUACAGAAAGCACCUUGUGGACAGAACUUUGACCACACCUGCAUUGAGUCUAUAACACUAGUUCUUGAAGAUGAUGUGAGGAAACAAGUAACUCUCACAAGAUAUGGUCAAGUCCAAACUGUCUCUAAUCAAGUUUUUAACCUCAAUGGGGCUAUUGAAAUUCAGAAUAUAUCCUCUUUCUUUGUUCAACUGAAAACUAGUUUUGGUUUGAAGAUACUGUUUGCUAAAGAUGGAGAGAGGAUCUAUGUUCAAGUUGAUGUCAGAUGGAAAAGAAGAACAUUAGGACUAUGUGGAACAUACAAUGGGAAUUUAAGAGAUGAUUUUCUGUCUCCAGCAGGGAUGAUUGAAGGAACCCCACAACUUCAUGCCAAUGCAUGGAAAAUUUCCUCAGCUUGCUCCGUGCCUAUCAAUAUUCCUGUGGUUGAUCCCUGUAACGUUAAUCAGCAAAAUGCUGAGUAUGCAUCUCACUGUGAUAUCAUCAAUCAAGACAUUUUUGCUCCCUGCCAUGCCUACAUCAGUCCAGGGUUGUACUACCAGCUGUGCCGCUUCGACGCGUGCAAAUGUGGGAGCAGCUGUUUGUGUAAUGCUUUGGCUCACUAUGCUUACGUCUGUGGCAAGCACGGGGUCAUCAUUGACUUCAGAUCUCAUAUUUCUUACUGUGCUGUAAUGUGUCACAGUGGUAUGCUUUAUCAUCAGUGUUCUUCUUUUUGUAAACACUCCUGUGCUUCACUUUCUAUGGCAAAUAUCUGUGGUGAUGACUGUGCAGAAGGAUGUAAUUGUCCUGAUGGGAAAUAUUUUGAAGAGUCGGUCAACUUUUGUGUAUCAAUAUCUGCCUGUCAUUGUCAUUACAAGGGCAAAGCCCUCCAGCCUGGAGAAAUCCUUUCUACACCAACAGGAUCCUGUCAAUGUUUGAACGGAACAGUGACAUGUAUUGAAGCCAGUACAGAAAAUACAGUUCACAUAUGCCCAGAUGGAAAAAUCUACUAUGACUGCAGAUCUCCUGUGCCUGGAUUACCAGCAGCGGGUGUGAAUUGUGGGAUCUCUUGUGCAAACCUUGCCAUGAACUUCUCCUGUGUCCCCUCUCCACCCUGUGCAAGUGGCUGCAUUUGCCCCCCUGGGAUGGCUGAGCAUAGAGGGAAAUGUUACAUUCCUGAUAGUUGUCCAUGCACCUGGAAAGACAGGGAAUUUCUGUCAGGAGAAGUGAUAGCUACACCAUGUUACACCUGUGUUUGUCGGAGAGGCAUAUUCAACUGCACCAGUUACCCCUGUCCUGCUGUAUGCACUAUUUAUGGAGAUCGGCAUUAUUAUACCUUUGAUGGACUGGAAUAUGAUUAUGUCAGUGACUGCCAAACUUACCUGCUAAAGAGCACAGAUAACUCAAAUGUAUCUAUAAUUGCUCAAAACAAAAAGUGCUUUGACAAUGAUAUUGUUUGCUCAAAGAAUGUUUUCAUCACUGUUGGAGACACUGAGAUUUAUUUUAGUGAACCUUCUGAGAAGCAGAAGACCUUAAGGGAACAGGAAAACAAAUCUAAAUAUCAGCUUUGGAAGGCUGGAUAUUAUACUGUGAUACACUUUCCGGAACAGGACAUUACAAUUCUGUGGGAUAAGAAGACUAUGAUGCAUGUUAAAGUUGGACCUCAGUGGAAGGGUAAAUUGGCAGGUUUGUGUGGAAAUUUUGACAGAUAUACUUCAAAUGAUCUGACUACAUCAAACAACCUGGAGGUGAGAAAUGCACAGGUGUUUGGAGACAGCUGGGUAUUAGGACAGUGCAAGAGCCCAAAUGAAACGCUGAGACCAUGUGAUGUACAUCAGAGCAAGUUCCCUUAUGCCAAAAAGGAAUGCUCAGUUUUAUACAGUGAUGUUUUUGCACCUUGUCGCAAUGUGAUUGAUGUGACUUCUUUCAUCAAAAAUUGUCACACAGAUACAUGCAACUGCAAUCUUGGUGGGGACUGCGAGUGUUUGUGUACCAGUAUUGCAGCUUAUGCCCACAAGUGCUGCCAGCAGGGAGCAGCAAUCCACUGGCGAUCUCCUUUGCUCUGUGCUUAUGACUGUGAAUAUUACAAUCAAGGUCUUGGUGAAGGACCCUAUAUUUUGGCAAGUUUUGGAGCAAAUGACACGAUUAUCGGGGCUAAUGUAUCCAGUAGAAGGAUAUUUCCUUUGCCUAGAACCGAAGCAUAUGGAAAUGUAAUUUUCAGUUUCAUGAUAACUCCAGGUCUUUUCAAAGAUAAAGAUUUAUCUCUCUCUCUUGUUUCCCUGGAAUCUGCUGAAAGACCAAACUACUUUCUGUACGUACAUGGCAAUGAAACCAUUGGGUUGGAACAGUGGCAGGCAAGUGCCUCCUUUCAGAGACGAGCCACCUUCUUCCACCACCGUGGUCUCUGGAGUCCAGGGCUCAGUGCCUUUGAACUGCACAGUAAAAAAGGCUUUUUCAUCAUUCUCACCUCAUCCAGUGUUAAAGUGGCAAAGUACAAUGAUUCAGAAGAAUUCAAACAUUUCAGUAGCUUUAACAUUGAAGAACUUAGUGCUUCUGUGCCUUAUAGAAGGAUCUGUGAAUGGCGAUAUGAGUCUUGUGCCAAUCCUUGUUUUAAGACAUGUAGCGAUCCUGAAGGAAUAGCAUGUAGAUUCCUUCCUCCGGUUGAAGGAUGCAUGCCAUACUGUCCCAAAAACAUGAUCCUCGAUGAGGUCACACAUAGAUGUGUUUAUCCAGAAGACUGCAUACCUGUGACACCUACAGGAUCAGAAAUUGGAACAAAACCUUCAUGGUUAAUCUCUCACACGGAUGCUACCAUGGAGAGAUUUCCUCAGACACCUCCUUUAUUUGUUACUUUGGUGAAUGAACCAACUCAUAUCGGCGUGACAGACAAAAUAACCAUGGAGGCAAACACAACUUUAAGGGGAAUGAAUAUGUCAGCACAGUCCAUUACAGACUUUUACUCAUUGGAAUCAUCUAAUGCAGCCACCUAUUCAACAUUUUCAUUACCAAGAAAGCAGAGUUCUUCGGUAAGUUCUUUGGAAGAAGAUGGAAAAAUAUCAGCCAUAUCAGCUGGAAUCAUCACUCAAUCCACUACACCAAUGGUCAUGAACACAACAGUGAAUGCCACAUCCUCAAAAGUACCUUAUAUUUUUGCAAAAAUACCACCUAGCUCUUCAGCCAGUUUAUUAGUUACUUCAGGCACUACUCUAACCUCUAGGAUUACUACAAAAACCACUGAUCCUUUUGUUGCUGAUUUGGAUUUUUAUACGACUUCAGCUUCAGUUCUUACCACCACAGAAACACACAGAUCUUUGUUUACAACUGCAGUAACUCAAGUUUCCCAGAGCACUAAAGAAACUCCGAAAAUUAUUGUAAUGAAAACAACUGGUAGUACAAGUCCAUUAUCACAGAUGAAGAGUACUUCAUAUGCAGUUUCAGAAGUUAAAUACUCAACCUCUUAUGAGAGAGCUGUGGAAAUUUCACAAAGUGGUCAGACUUCAUAUGAGCAAAGAAAUUUUACCAAGAUAAAGGCAACCACAACUGACAAAUCUUCCCUGCCUUAUUUGCCAUUAACUGCAGUCCAGAGUUCGCUUUUUUCAAGAAAUACAACCUCAGUAAAAAAUAUCUCUCUUUCUGGAGUCCCAGGUCUAACAACAUCAGAUAGGUCCAAAAUCCCAACACAGAAACCGAUUAAACAUUAUUUUAGUUUAGCAGAGGCCACAGAGAGAACUAAAAUAGGUUUGUCUCAUUCUAGUGGUGGAAUGGCUCUACUUUCCUCUUCAGAAACAACAACUGUAGCUGACAAGGCUUACUUUGGUACAAUGAUGCAUACACUGAUGUCUACAUCAUCUGAGUGUGUGCCAAGAUACCUUGAAUCUCUUGACAAAUGUAGCCAGUAUGUAUGUGUCAAUAUGGGUUGGAUGUUAUACAAUCUUUCAAGAAACUGCCCUAAGGAUGUGCGGAAGCCAGAUUGUGGUUUUCGAGGAAUGCCUGUUCAAGUUAACACUGAUAGUUGUUGUCCAGAAUGGGAAUGUCCCUGUCAAUGUUCUGUACUGUCUGAACUGAGUAUUAUUACAUUUGAUGGAAACAACAUAGCCCUCUGCAAUAUGGCUUCCUACAUUUUAGUCAAGUUACCAGGAGAAAUUAUUGUUGCUCAUAUUGAAAAAUGUCCUGCUAAUCAGAGUGCAAAUUCAAUAAGAAAACUAGUUCCACCUGCAAGCACUUCAGGGCUCUGUUUUAAGAAAUUAAAUGUCACAACAUCCACAUGUAAAAUACUUAUCAAUCGCUUAGCAAGAAAAGUAGUAGUGGAUUCUGCAAUUCAACCAUUACCAUUUUCAAAAGAAGGACUGAGUAUUCAGGAUACUGGUGCAAUGUAUGUCGUUAAUACCCCAGCUGGUAUUAGCAUCAAGUGGGCUCAUGUUACAGGCAUCAUAGAUAUACAGUAUGGAUUGCACUCUAACACAUCGAUGGAGACAGAAGGACUUUGUGGGGUGUGUAACGGAGAUCCUAGUGAUGACCUGAAAAUGCAAAACAUGAGCAUAGUUACAAAUAUGGAGGAAAUUGAAAUGUUCAUUAAGAGUUGGGAAAUUGAGAAAUCACUUGAUGUAACAACCAGGAGGCCAGUAAGAAACUGUACUGAAGAUAACUGCUCAUACUGUAUGGAACUGUUAAACAGAAGCAUUUUCAUCCCUUGUCACAAGAAAGUGUCACCACAGGAAUUUUGUGAGAAGAUGUGGAUCAACAGUACUUAUUUUUGGAAUUAUGAGUGUGAUGCACUUUCUGCAUAUGUGGCUUUGUGCAACAAGCACAACAUCUGCAUUAAAUGGAGGACAGCUGAUUACUGUUCAUUGAGUUGUCCUGAGGGCAAGGAAUACCAGCCUUGUGUGCAACCCUGUGAAGCCAAGACAUGCUUAAAUAAAUGGUUCUAUGAAGAUUCUCCCUGCUCCUAUUUGAGGGAAGACUGUGUGUGUAAAAAUGGUACCAUUCUGCAUAGAACAGACUCUGACCUAUGUAUACCAGAAGAAAAAUGUACAUGUACAGAUAGUAAAGGACAACCCCGCUCUGCUGGGGAGAACUGGAAUGGGUCCAUGAGAGGCUGUUGCAUGUAUGGAUGUUUAGAAAAUGGAAGCAUUGUUGCUGUAGAACCUGAAUGCAAUGAGGAUCCACCACCAGUCUGUGAAAGAGAAGGAGAAGUUAUUGUCAGUGUCAUUGAAGAGAGAGCUUGCUGUCCCAAGAAAGUUUGUGAAUGUAACGUGUCAUUGUGUGAUGCCAUUAUUCCAACAUGCAAACCCACUGAAAAAUUAGUGGUAGGCUACCAUCCCCUGUCCUGCUGUCCACAGUACCGAUGUGAAUGUGAUCCUUCAGUUUGUUUCAAUGCUUCCCAGCUGGACUGCAGAGAAGAUCAAUUUAUUGUUGAAGCAAAACAGGAAGAUCCCUGUUGUUUCUCACAUCUCUGUGUUUGUGAAUCCUGUAUUGAGCCUGUUCCUUUGUGUGAUGAAGGGGAAAUUCUCACUGUAGACCUUAACACCAUACAUUACUGUUGUCCUCAUUACUACUGUGUUUGUGAUGAAAAUCUUUGUUCUGAGCCUCCUAUGAUUUGCACAGAUGACAUGACACCUGUGAAGAAAAAAAUACUUGGGCAAUGUUGUCCAGAAUGGCACUGUGAAUGUAAUUGUGAAAAUGCUACUAUGCUGACCUGUAAAUUGGGAGAAGUUAAAAAAAUAGAUAAUAGUGUUUCCAGUGCUUGCGGAUGCACUCACUACAUUUGUGAGAAGGAUGAUGUGUGCAUCUUCCAAGAGGUCACAGUACUGAAUCCUGGACAGUCAAUAGUUCAGUACUUGGAUGGAGACCUUUGUUACACUGUACAAUGUUUACAAGAAAAAGAUCAGAACACAGGAUACAAUGCCAUGCAUUUCACAAUGAUGAACUGUUCCCAGCAAUGUGAAGCUCAUCAAAUAUAUAUUCCUUCCUUCAGUCACCAUACUUGUUGUGGUAUGUGUCAAAAUGUGUCCUGCUCUUUUCAUACAGAGAAUGGAACACUUAUUGUGUAUGAGGAAGGAAGCACCUGGAGCUCCAACUGCACCAACUACAAAUGUGCUAAGACUGCUGCAGGGGCUAUCAUACUGGGAUCAAGUGUUGUCUGCCCCCCGUUUAAUGACACUGACUGUACAAAGAAUGGAGGAAUUGUGCAGACGUAUAAUGAUGGCUGCUGCAAGACCUGUUCUGGAUUGGGUCUAUUACCCUUUGCCAUUAAUCCAGUAGUGCCUACUGAUAGUAUUAAUUGUGAACCAGGCAAAAAGGAAGAAAGAAUUUGCCAAAAAAUGACAAUCAGGACAACCAUAAGAAAAAAUGACUGUAUAAGUCAAAGCCCGAUAAACGUGGCUUCUUGUGAUGGAAAAUGCCCGUCUGCAACAAUUUUCAAUGUCAAUAUUGACAGCCAUUUAAGAUUCUGUAAAUGUUGCCGAGAAAUUGGAACACGUAAUCUGACUGUGCCACUGCGCUGCUCAGGAAAUGGCACUGAAAUUAUGUACAUCCUUCAGGAGCCUAUAGACUGCUCAUGCCAAUGGAACUGAACAUUACUGUGGAUACAAUUUAAUCUGAAUAAAUAAAAUGAGUUUCCUUUCACCAGACAUGAUUUUUUGACCUUGGAUGGUUGUAGUACUCUGCAGGAUAUAAAAAAGUCCUCAGUUAUGCUUUAUAAUGUAACUUUUCACAAAUUUAGUAAAGAUGUUGUUUGUUAUUCUUCAAAUUGUCUUUUAAAAUAUUGGCAUGUAUAGAAAGAAAAUGUAAAUCAUUUUGGACAAGGUGUAAUCAUCAUUCGUUUCUACUCAGUGGCUUUCUGAUGAGCUGUUGAAAACUAGUUAAUGUCUGUGUUUCCAUUAUUUUAAAAUUUUGGAUUGUGGCUACCUAUCAAAGUUGAGACUUUCUCAAUGAUUCAUUUGCUUUGAGACCUCCAGUUGAAAACUAUCACUGGUCCCAUGUUUAAAUGGGAAAGAGGCAUAUUAGCGUUUUGAGAAUGACUGAAAUAUUUUUUUAAAAAAUAGAAAGUUCAACUGCAACACUUUUUUUCUUGCUUAAAAAUCUAUCUUUUGUCCAUUAAGCUGUUAUCAAUGAUUCUACUCUGCUUACACUGUAAGUCACUGAGAAACAACACAACUAUGAUCUGUAACUACUUGUAGGAAAUCUUCAGAGUGCACAACAGAAUCAUAAUAAUAUCUUUGAACCUUAGACAUAUAUUUAAUUUUUAUGUAUAUUAUAAAUAUGAAGCAUGACUAGGCAAAGGCUGAAGAUUUCAAGCUUUUUUGCCUUUAUAAAAAUAUCUAAAAGCUGUUUCUACUAUGAAAAAUUCUAUUUUAUAUCCAUUUCUCACUUUUCACAGAAAAGAAAAUGGCUGUCUACUAGCUAUAGAGUAAGAUUCUAUCUAUAUAUUUAUUAAAAAAACCCCAUAACAUUUUAACUAUUCA